AUGUCACUUCCCCGCAGUCGUUCGCCAGUUGUAUCCCUCGUGACUAAUUGUUAUCUCAGGGUGAAUGCGCAGUUACAAAGUGUGGAUCUUCAGCUCGAGACUCUGAGGGAAGGAAUGCGAUCCCUUUCCGCGCGUCUGUUUGAACUCGAAUCGGCUGGCCCUGCUCCGUCGUCAAGACUUUCCGCGAGCGGACUACCCGGGUCCCUUCAUCGGAUUCUGAAUCCUCCCAAGUCCCCUACUUAUGUUGGCCCCACAAGUGCCGAAUUUGGACUGAAUCGGCGAUCCAGGCCUUUGUCCCAAGCGCAGAGCCAUGACGCCCAUGCGGGUGAUGAGGAUGGCGAGGACCUUGACUUAUCGACCGCCGCUCACAGCCCUGCACCUUUGGACCGGAAUGAGGCGCUGGAUGGUGGGGAUUCAUUGAGCGGUCUCGGGCUGCAGGAGACCUUGCGCUUGGUGCAGGUUUAUGAGGAUACUGUUGGCAUUAUGUACCCCUGUGUUGAUUUGGCCAGUGUGCGUGCAUACGCGGUCGAGUUUUAUCAUUCUCAAGCUCCCACGUCUGUCAACGCAUCGGAUCAACCAUGGCCAGACUCGGAUCAGGAUUGGUUCCAUGCGCGCGACAUCCAAGUAUUGAAGGUUCUUCUAGCUACUGCGCUUCUGGUCGAGUCUCAUGGACGGAGUGAGCGCGCGGCCCAACUGGCUGAUAGUGUUGAAGACCGGUUUGCUAGUCGGUUGAAAAUUGCCGAGGUGGACAUGAAGGAGAUUCUCAUUCUGACUUUAUUGUCGAUCUUUCACUCCUACCGUGAUGAUGAGGUCAUAUCAUGGCGGCUGACUGGCAUGGCAGCCCGUGGUAGCAUGGAACUAGGCCUGCACUGCCAAGAGACAUGGCAGAAAGCCGGAGGCGUGUUUCCCGGUGCAUUGGAAUGGAUGUGGGCCAGUCGGCUCUUUUGGUGCAUUUAUGUGCUGGACAGGAAAUGGUCAUUUGGAACAGGCUUACCUUUUGCCAUCCAGGACUCGGACAUGGACACCAACUUGCCUGAGCCCGGACACUCGACACCCUAUCUGACCUGCAUGAUCUCCUAUGCCCGUCUCAGCACCAAAAUCUGGGGCCUGGUCGUUAGCUGGCAGAAUCGGUCGCGCGAAGCUAUUUCAGAAGGAUGUGCCUAUCUGGAUGCGCAAGUCCAGGAAUGGGUGCGGUCCAUCCCACGCGAAUUGCGUUUCGAUCCGUACUGGCGAUCUCCGGCAGGAUCGGAACAAACUGAUCGUGCAAUGAUGCUUCAGGUGCUUCUGGCUCUCCAGGCAAACCAGCUUCGCAUCCUCGUCUAUCGGCAGAAUUUGCUCACCAGUGAGCGUAUCGCAGAUGAUGUCGCCGGCGCCUCUACAGCCGUGGAGACGGCGAAGAGCACGAUUCAUAUGCUAGGCUACUUCAGCCGUCUCUCGGACAUUUACUUCCAACGGCCUGAGCCCUUCAAUUACUUCCUGAUAUCGGCCCUUGCCGCCCUAUUUCUGGCCGUAUUGCAUGCCCCGGCGCGCUUUAGCCAGACUUGUCGGCCUGAAUUCUACACUGCGGUCGAUAUGGUGCGCCGCUCAGCGACUCGCGCCCGCUCCUCUCGUCGUUUGCAGAAGAUCAUUCGUAGUCUCAAGCGAAUUCAGCUGAAUGUGCGAUGGCAGAGCCAUCAAGGCCGAAGAUCACCCUUUGAUAACAGUCGCGCUUCACAUGCGGCGAUUGACCCUCAUGCGGCCUCCGGCGCCCGUCCUCAAGCCUCUUCUCAACCCAAACCCAUCGCAUCACGUAGUAUAUUGGACUCUUCGCCAUUCUCAUCAGCUGUGGAAUCGCCGUCCACUCAGUAUGUCCCCAGCCUCUAUCAAACAUCCGACAUCCCCACUCCUCAGCCAUCCCUUGGGACAUUCUGGCCACCCUCCCCCGGUACAGCUGGUGAACGGGAUUCUAAUGGCUGUGAGGAUCUCAGUAGUUUCUUCGAGAUUGCAGGUGGGCUAUACUUUGAUUCUCAAGCCGGCACCAAUUUUGCGACCGGGAUGGAGAUGGGGAUGUCUCACUCUGACGGCGGCCGGGGACCUAGUGCUCUAGAUGCGAUUCAGGCUGAAGAUGAGGCGUUGACCCGAGUCAUGGCUGGUUUAUUGUGA